GGGCCGAGCGGGGCCGCCGCGCCCUUCCAGCCUCCCGAGGGCGGCUUCGGCUGGGUCGUGGUCUUCGCCGCCGCCUGGUGCAAUGGCUCCAUCUUCGGCAUCCACAACUCCUUCGGGAUCAUCUACACCAUGCUGCAGAGCGACCUGGGCGAGGGCGAGAAGGACCCCACGCUGGAGUUUAAAACAGCAUGGGUCGGCUCCUUGGCCAUGGGCAUGAUUUUCUUCUGCUCGCCCAUCGUGAGCAUCUUCACUGACCGCAUUGGCUGCAGGACCACGGCAGCCUUGGGAGCUGCCAUCGCCUUCAUCGGGCUCCUCUCCAGCUCCUUCACCAAGUCUCUGGAAGUUCGCUAUUUCACGUAUGGCAUCCUCUUUGGCUGUGGCAGCUCCUUCGCCUUUCAGCCCUCGCUGGUCAUCCUUGGUCACUACUUCAAGCGUCGCCUUGGCCUGGCCAAUGGCAUUGUGGCUGGCAGCAGCUGCCUCAUCUCUGUUCCGCUGCCCUUCUUCCUGAAGAUGGUGGGAAAGGCCAUCGGGCUGGCACACACAUUCCAAGUGCUCAGUGCCUUAAUGCUCAUCCAGAUCUUCUUGUCGCUGACGUAUCGGCCCCUCCUGCCACCCUCCUGUGACUCUCAGCAUGAUGGGCAGGACAAGCUGGGCAGCCGGAGCGUGCGGCAGCAGUGCUGGGCCCAGAUGCGCAAGUAUUUCAACUUGAGGGUUUUCCAGAGAAAGACCUAUCGGAUCUGGGCCUUUGGGAUUGCUACAGCUGUCCUGGGGUAUUUUGUACCAUACAUGCACCUGGUGAAAUACGUGGAGAAGGAAUUUAAGGAAACCAAGAAGGACUGGAUUCUCCCAGUCUGUCUCGGAGGCAUGUCUGGGCUGGGGCGCUUGAUUUCAGGCCGCAUUGGGGACUGCAUUCCUGGGCUGAAGAAGAUUUACCUGCAGGUUGCAUCCUUUGUGCUGUUCGGCAUCAUGUGCAUGAUGAUCCCGCAGUGCCGAGGGUUUGAGGCCGUCAUCGUCAUCUGCCUCUUCCUCGGCCUUUGUGAUGGCUGCUUCACCACCAUCAUGGCCCCCAUUGCCUUUGAGUUGGUGGGGCCCAUGCAGGCAUCCCAGGCCAUAGGGUACCUGAUGGGGCUGAUGGCUGUGCCCAUGACUGCGGGCACGCCGAUUGCAGGAUACUUCAAUGAUUAUUUUGAGAACUACCAUGCGGGCUUUUACUUUGCUGGAGUGCCCCCCAUCGUCGGUGGCUUGGUGCUCUCCGUCGUCCCGCUGGUGCACCAGAGGAUGCUGAAGAAGCAGCGCCUGGAUUCUGGCAAGGACAAGAUGCUGACACCUGAGGCAGCGGUGAAUGGCGAGCUGCUGCCAGGCUGCCCUGCCUCUGAAGCACACAUGUGAUGUGCCAAGUGCACAAUCACCACCAGCAUCCUCCACAGCUCAAGCACAGGCCCUUUUCUAGCCGGACUGUAAUUCUCAGUGAUUUCAGGUGCACUACAUUUGUAAAGGACAAGAACUAGUUCUUCUAGUUGAAGGCUUUUAACUAGCAGAAAUGCUUUAUCUUGGGACAGUUUUGAUUUCCAAGCCACCUUUUUGUUUUCUUUUUCUCUAACCAUUUUUCUAAGGAUUCAAACUUGAUUAUCUCCCCAGUUUUCUAUAUGUCACAACAGAAGUUUACAGACAAUAAAUGUAUUUUUAAAGUAGGUCACAGAUGGAGCUUGUUGCCCCUGUCAAGAUGCCCUGUCCCUUCUUGUGUGCUAUGUCAGGGCAGUGCAGUUCCUUCUGCAGGAGGAGCAGCUUCGGAGGAGGAAUGCAAACAUAAACCAAUGGUCGGAAGGCCUGCUUUGAGCUGUUUUUCUCCUUUUCUGCUGUGUGCACUGAGGGGGUUGAUGGAAGUAUCCUGCGAAAUCCCCCUUAAAAACAGGGGCUGAGACUUGUGGGUCUCUGAGCACCUCUCACCUCCACAGUGGCUGCUUGAGGACUGUGCAGUCUUGUGAAGUGAAACCAGAAGACAGGAUGGAGGCAUGGAAGUUGGGAAUAGCUCCAGAGAGGGCUAGGACCAAAGGUAGUGUCCAUCUAGCCUGCAGAACUGUCAUCCAUUGGAUUUUCCUUCCCAUCACCUGCUGUUAGAAACAGGAGCCUUGUACAUAGCUCCACAUCCUGCAUGCCCCUCUGGCCCUUUUGUUGUUUGUUUUUUUUUUUAACCUGCAUUGGCUAGUGCAUUGUAAGGUCCUGUGGUCUGUGCUUCUGUUCCUUCUGUCCCUGUACAAGCUGGAGAAUAUACUGGUGUGUUGUAAUGUGUCUAUUCCUGUAAGCGAGGCGUCUGUUCCGCUGGCCCUUCCUUUGGCUUCUCUGAGUCUGCUUCUGCCUUCCCCCAGAGUGUCACCUACCACAAAAUCCUAGUUUGACUGUAAUGCCCCAUAAGGCAAGCUCACGAGGGAUUUAAAUGGAAGAAAUAACUCCUUUUGCCCAGCAAUAGGAGAAGGAGUGCUGUCUCAAACCCUGCUCGUUUAUGUGCUGCAUGGCACAGUCUCCAGCGACUGCACCAUGGGACAGCUGUAAGACUUCUCUCUAGUACAUAAAGCACAUUAUGGCUUAAAGCCCCCAACUUUGUGGAUUUCCAUGUGCCUUAAGUGAUCUGCCUGCUCAUAGAGGCCUUUGCCCCCAGGAAGAGCCCAUGUCAGGGCUAUGGGAGCUCAGUGUGCACUGGUGUGGGAGCAGCACUAGGUCAGCUGGGAGUCCUGCAUGACUCAGCAUCCCUGAAACAUUUGUCUUCUUAUCUGCUUAUUACUGGAGCCUCUUAUUAUUGAAGGCACUGAGAGUGACGAAGUGCUGGGCUGCCCAUCUUCAGUGGAAAAAGUACAUCUCACACCAUCCCAGCCCAAAGCCUGUCAACAGCCUCCCAAACCUGCUGUGAGCAUCUUUGUCCAGUUAAGGUCAUGACUUUGGUCAACAUGAAGUCAAAACAUGCCCUAGGUGAAGGCAGGAAAGGCAAUGAAAGGUACAGUCUGCACGCACAACUGGAAGAGCAAAGUCUGCCAUGAUGGUAGGAAGCUGUGCACAAUGGGGACUGUUUUGGUGUCGGUUGCCAGCUGUUGUGCAUCUAGCUCUUCACUUGAGUGUCCUGGCUCAGUGCAACCUGACUUCCUCUGGGCAGGUGAGGGAGGACUGGGGAGAAAAACCUGCCUUGUGCUCCUCUGUAAUGAAAAAACCUCGGCUUCCCCCAGUGAGGCGCACUCGUCGCUUCAGGCAGCCACAUGGCCUUAUGCAAGCUCGCAUCAAGUGUAGGACGUGCCCCGGCAGCACUGGCUGGGGCUGCCUUCCUAAAUCUUUAGCUUCAGGGUGUUCCAAAGUGAGUUGUCUUUUUUUCCCUCUUAUUUUCAUGGCUGGGUGAGACGCCAGGUUUAACCCUUCUUGCUCUGGCAGGGAAUGAUGCUCCUGUGGCAUCUCAGGAGGCUUCAUAUGGCUCCUGCCAGCCUCUGGUUGGCCACAGAGGAGCAAGGAGCUCUCCAGCCUUUGCUGCUCACUACUUCCAUGGCUUUCCUGUGCAUCUGUACCCAGCAGAGGUUUGUUUGGGGUUACCUUGGAUAUUUCGGCCUCAGCAGUUUUCACACUGGCAUAGUUCACUUCUCCUUGUCCAGCUGGCCGGAGGAAAUAGGGCUGUACUGGAAAGCCCCAGCACACUUGCCAGCUCUUUCGGGUGUUUUCUUCCCAAAGCCAGCUGCCCUUUAGCACCAUGUACUCAGCAAGGGCUGCUAGUGCCUGGCCUGCUCCUUCCUGCAGAGGCAUCUCCUGUGUGUUUGCUGGCUGGGAGCAGGGAUGCACAACGGACUUUGCUCUAGGGUUAUCGCUGUGCCUUUGCUGGCUCCCCUGCACAACUUUUUUUGGUGGUUUAUUUCUGUUUAUUUUUUUGCAAUGCCCUUAGUGCUACAUCAAGGACUUGCCAUGCUCUGGGUGCCCCAAUCCUCACCUGCCCCACGAGAGCAAAGCCUAGCCCCAGUGCUGUGACCGCUUGCCCCCGUGGACAGUUUGGCGACCUGCAGGACGUGGGCUUGAUGGCUGAACUAGCAGCAAUGUGGCUCCUGGCUUUGUUUACAGCACCCAAAUCCAGGCCUGGAAAACAACUCGGCUCUGAGUGCGGCGGCAGGCGGCUCCGAGCAGGCCUCUCCCAGCCCAGGCAGCGGGCCACUCUGUCUCACCUUCAUCACCCCUGCAGGGCAUGGGCCUCCUCAAGAGAGUCAGUGCAACUCCUGAGUGCCUCUUCCAUCCCAAAGUCUCCUUCCGUGACAUCUGUCCUCAAACCUCCUCCUCGCUGACCUUCCAACUCCGGCUGCCAAGAGCAGCGUGGUUGCGAGACACACUGUGAGCAGUUAGUGUUUAGGAAUUAAGCUGUUGUUGUUGUUGUUCUUUGUGUACGUAGUGAGGCAUGGCAUGUAAGAUGAUCUGUUUCCCAGAGCAAGUUUUUGGGUAGCCAAAUAUUUGUGUUCAAAGGGGAGGAUGUCUGAGCUGACACCACAUACCAGCACCCAGGUGGAGACUUGAGUUUUGAGGUAUCUAAUGACAUUAGGGUCUGCGGCUGAAAGCAGGCGCUUAAUUCAGUGCAGAAAUCAGGCCCAGAGCAAUCAGUGAUUAGGGUCACACUUUGGCUUUGAAUGAGUAUUUAAGUCACAGCUGGGAAGAGUGGAAGAGCUGCACCUUGCAGAACCAGCCUCGUAGGAGCUUGUAAGACGUAAGUGAAGAAACUGGUAAAACUGAACUCUUACAUUUUUCCUUUUUAUUUUUUUCUUUUUUGACAUCUGUUCCUUGUAGUGAUUUACAUUCCCUUAAAAUUUUGUAUCUGGAAGUAAAGUAUUUGAAUGUGUGUCUUAAAAGUAUGACCCGUCCUUUCAAAAUGUGAAUCUCUGAUCGCUGGUAUACAAAAAAAAAAGUAAAAAAAAAAAAAAAA